AUGUCGCAUAGCCCAAAUUCAACUGAGCUGCCGGAGCAGAAUGACAAGAAAGAGGAGAACAAACAAGUCCCCUCGAGACGGUCAAGGAAUAUUUGGAGGAGAGUAAUGGGCAAAAUGAGGGUAGCAGGGCUGAUAAAGGCGAAUCCGGCGCCCGCGAGCCCGGCACCCGCUAGCCCGUCCCUGAAUCCGGCACCCGCGAGCCCGUCCCCGCCCUUGGAUGCCGACUCAAUGUUGCUUGUUAAUUUGAUCAAUGGCGAUCUAGAUCGCAUGUCUGAGGAGGCCAAGGCUCUCACCAAAUACAACACCCAACUCACUCUCGAGCUCGAAACACUCAAGGAUAUUUUUAAAGGUAUCCGAACCGGCGAGGGAGACGAGAAGCAGAGAAAGGCGUGGCUCAACACCUUCAGAAAGGAAUUGAUGAAAGUGAAGCUCGCGAUUCCUUCAAAGUACGACGUCAGGGCGGAGAAAAACAAGCACGACAACAAGUCAAUCAAGAAACUCCAGCAGAGAAUCUGCGGGGAGGAGUCCAAGGAGAUUCCUCAGCUGCACAAUGCCCAUCUUUUCAAGACAAGUGUGGAGUUGAAAGAUUUCGAGGUUCGUUACAACGAGCUUGAGUUGCGCGUCAAGCUAUGCUUGCUGUGCUUCUCUAUUUUCCCGCAGGGGGCCACCGUGAAGAAGAGGCUGAUGCUGCAAUGGUGGGUUGUUGAAGGGUUCGCAUCAACCGUGGAAGCUGCGGACGGCUACUUCAAAGAAUUAAUGGAGAAGGGGUUCAUCCAGGCCGUGAACAACAACAGCAGCCCCACCGUAGGCAGCUGCAGGCUUCACCCCUUCCAUCGAGCAGCAUUGGUGACGCUAGCCGAGAGGGCCAACUUGUUCAAUUUCGGAAAGGGAGGAGAUCCGACGCAGAACUUCUCGGGGUCGUUUCAAGCGUGCUUGAUGGGGGAGGGCUUGAUCUCCUACCAGGAUUUCAAAGAGUACGAACACAAAGUUGCGUACGAGGAUUUCAAGAAGAGGAAUAAAGGAUACGAAGGUAGCUACGAGGAUUUCAAGACGAUGAAUAAGGAAGACAAAGACAAAGGUGUUCAUGAUCCGGUUAAAGUGAUAAAAGAUCUUACCAACGAGCUGGAGAAGCUCCAUCUGCUGAUGAAUGUGGAGGAGCACAUCCUGGAAUUCAUAAACGAUUGGUUUGGGAAGAUGAAGAAUCUGAAUUUCCUGUACCUGGGGAGAUGGAAGGCGGAGGCAAUUCACCACAUCGAAGUGGAGGAGCCAAAGUUCUUGGAGGAGUUGAAGAAGAUGAAACAUGUAAAGCUGCUAAGCCUUCAAGGGGUCUCAAAUAUAAUAGCACUUCCCCAGUCGAUCCAGCAGCUCACAAAUCUGGAGGUGCUGGAUCUCAGAGCUUGCUCUAAUCUGGAGACCAUCCCGGAUAGAAUAGAUCAUCUCAAGAAGCUGAAGCACUUGGACAUGUCGGAAUGCUAUUUGCUGGCUCACAUGCCCCAGGCUCUCGCACAACUCACCAACCUCCAAGUGCUCAAGGGUUUCUUCGUCAACGAACCCUCCGAUUCCAGAAACAGCUGUACGCUUGCCGAUUUGCAUAAGUUGAGCAAGCUCGAAAAGCUUUGCAUUUACACUGACUGGGAGGACUUUCCUGGGGAGGAUCAUGUCACCGCUCUCCACAACUUGGAAGCUCUCACCAAGCUAACAAUCACUUGGGGAGUCGGUAAAAAAACAGAGGAUCAAAAUUCAUCCAAAACAGGGGAUAAAAAGUCAUCCAAAACAGGGGAUAAAAAUGGAGAGAAGAAAGCAGCCAAACUUCCUUCCAAGCUAAAGAAGCUGGACCUCAAGUGUUUCCCCAAGGAAGCCACUCCGAACUGGCUCAAGCUUAAUAAUUUGGAAGGGAUAGAGCUGAAGAAACUGUACAUCAGAGGAGGGAAGUUCCGUGAUCUAGGUCAGUAUCAAGGCAUCGAUGACGAGGCGUCGGAAAGUCAGAAGAAAUGGACGGUUGAGGUGUUGCGUCUCAAGUAUUUGGGCGAAAUAGAGAUGGAAUGGAGGCAGCUUCAAGGCUUGUUUCCUAAAUUGAAGUAUCUGGAGAAGGUCGGCUGCCCAAACCUCACUCUCUUCCCUUGUGAUGCAAAGGGGGUGUGGAAGAACACAGACUAG